AUCUGUACUGUAAAGCCUUAAAUUAAGGGAAAUUAUAGUUUUAUACUGCAGGAAUUGAUACUGUUAAACUGUCAUAUGUUUCAAUUAAGCGACACCUGAAAGUACACACAGAAAAACACAGAAUCUUAAUAAAUAACAUCCAAUCUUUAUAAUAAUCAUUUUCAGAAUAGCUUUUAAAUUCUACUGAAAAAAAAAGGAACAUUCUGCGCAACUGAGAGAGAGAAAAAAAUAAAGUGAUUAGUAGGUCAUACCAAUAGUGCGCAUAAUUACAAUACAAUUGAACGUUAAGCAACACUGUUUGGCUUCAGAGUGGUGUAAUCGCAGGCAUGUUUGGGGAGGAGGGGGGAGGCUGCGCUUAAAGCAAAAAAAAAAAAAAGACUGCAGGAGUUUAAACAAACUGGCUAGUCAGAGUGAUAGCUGUGUACAUCUGAUAGUUCAACAUAAAACGCAUGCCUAAGUUAGUCCAAGCUGUGGGCAAACAUUAGAUAUUUUAUUAUUGUGUCUGUGUAAAUUCAGUAGUAGCGCGUGUUUCCGCUGGGUGUCAGCUGACUGCUAUUCUGAAUUGUCUUUACACAAUGAUGGCAGGCAGCGAGUCAAGGGUCGUGCUGAAUGGAACUCAAGUUUCUUACAUUGGCCAAGAUUGUGAAGAAAUUCCAGCAUUUAUAGGAGAGCAGUAUGGGGGAUUCGCCAAGAGACUGGAUCUUAGCUUCAACCUGCUGAGGUCACUGGAGGGACUGAAAGCAUUCAGCUGCUUGGAAGAGCUGAUUGUGGACAACAAUCUCCUUGGAAAUGACCUCCUGUUACCCAGGUUACCACACCUCCAUACCCUAACACUCAAUAAGAACCAGAUAUCAGAUAUAGAAAGUCUUUUGGAUCAUGUGGCUGAAGUGGCACCUUCCCUGGAGUACCUCAGUCUACUGGGUAAUGAAGCCUGUCCCAAUGAACUUGUCAGUCUGGAUAAGGAUGAGGAUGACUACCAAAGAUACAGGUAUUUUGUGCUCUACAAGCUGACCAACCUCAAAUUCCUGGAUGCUCGGAAGGUGAGCAAAAGAGAGCAUGAAGAAGCUAAAGCCAGGGGUGCCUUUAUGAAAGUGGUGAAACCAAAGACUGAAACGCCCCUAAUCCCAUUUUUAUUCAUUCUGCAACAUUCUACUGGAACUGGCUGCUGCAGCUGCGUAUGGACACCCUUAACCCGAGCACCUGCCGUGCCUGUGCUCAGUCAAAACACUACACGAAACACUGGAAAAGUUCUGUAUUUUGUCAAAUGUUCUCCUGAAGCAACACAGAAACUAAACAUGUUCACCUCUUUCCUCAUCUAGACGAUUGCAGUUAAUAAAUUCUUGGUGGAAAUCCAGGUGCGAUACAGACUAAUAUCAGUGAUUCGUGACAAAAAAGAGUUUGGCCGCAGCAUAAGACAUCUUCUCUGGAAUUCCAACCCUGCCUGCCAGACUCAUUUUUACUUCCAGGAGCCUCCCAGAUGUAGUUUAGAGAUGUCUGGUUUGAUUGAUACAAGUCAUGUGCCAAAAAUGUUUUUUUAUUUUUUUCCUUAAACACCAAAUCAGUGCUCACAGAUGCCCUCCUUAAAAGUGGGCGGGUAUGGUUUUAAUGUAAAAUAUGACUUUACCUUAGGUGCAUCCUUCUCCUUUCUGUUAAAGCAUUUGUUAAAGUUCUGUUGAUGAAAUAGUAAGGCUGUAAAAUGUUGUCAUGUAAAUACGAAUCUAUGUCAAUUUAAUGUUUUGAGAACCUUUGUGUAAACAAAAUAACUCUGCAGACUGGGUCUGACUGUACUUAAAAUUUUGAUGAACACAUUGCCUUCAAACUGAAUUCCUAGGUGUCAGUUCCCAUAACUUAUAGUACAAGAUUACAAAGCUACUGAUAUCAUCUAUUACAUUGAUGGACAGAAUUAUACCCAGUGCUUCCUGCCCUCCCCAAUGACGCACACUAGCUUAGUGCUCUGUGACAGUUAACGUGAUUUAACACCAGGCCUGGGGGCCAGUGGGGAUAGAAAACAUUCACAAGAAGGCAGGGACCGAUACUGGCCCUCUGCCUAGUUUAUAAAGCUGGUCUUAAUUUACCACAAAUGUGUCACCAUUAAAAGGGAAAAAAAGAUCACAGAUAAUAAAUACUGUCUAAUUUAUUAGCUAACAACAAAGCGUUUCGACCCAGUUGUGAUGGGAUUGUUUGACAUAAUACUGUCAAGGAAAAAGCUAACUUGACCAAAAAUGUAUUUUACACAUUGAAACAGAUGCAUUAGCUCUUGGCUUGUCACAGGCAGAGCUAAACAAAAAAACACACAGAGGAGAGAACUGGCAAGCAGCACACUAAUUUAUAUCACUGAGAGACAGACUGAAGAGCAAGUGAAGUAAAACAAAGUUCUUUGGGCUUAAUCAGGGGACAGGCUGUAACUGUUAUAAAUAAUAUAUUUUGUGUUUCUCAUUUAGAUAUUCCCUUGCUGUUUUAUAUUGCAAGAAAAAAAUUGUCAUAUAACAGUUUACAUUUUUUUCCCCCUACUUCACACCAGAAUUAAAUAACCAUUCAAAAGCUUGACGUAAAGCAGUCCCAGUGCAGUUCCUGUAUUAAAGAAAUUUCCAAAGCAACCGAAGUUGGAGCUUAGUUAGGUGACUUGCUGUAAACCAACAGGAACAUUAUUCUUUAAAAUGUUGUUUUCAACAUGCUUGGGUGUGCUUUCAUACUGCAGUAUGCAUUACACGACCUGGGAAGUAUUUAAAUGCACCUUAACCAAAAAAAAAAGGAUUUCCUCUUGACUAUUCUUAUUUUAACUGCCACUUACAGCUUAAAACAGUGUAGUGGCAGAGUCUUUUACAAUCCUGCAAAUCUUUAUUACAUUUGACCCUGGGUGUGUAUAAAACUCAACAGAAAAAAGAAGAAUGUCUUAAUAGCUAUUCCCACUUUAACAAGCUUUUACAUUUAUGUCGGAAUUUUAAGCCAAGAUGGUAUUGGAUGGCUCAUUUACAUUUACUAAAUGCUAUCAGUGGAGACACAAUUUCAGUAGAUUCACAUGCUGUUUUAAUGUUUUGAUGAUGUUGUGUGGUUGAGGUUAAUUACAGGGAGCGAUGAAGUCCUUGUUUUCAGUUCCACCUCAGUCAGGGAUCUACAGUAUGGCUUGAGGCAAAAUACCUCAGCUUCUAUAUGUCAACCCAACAGCUGUAAAACUGGUCACAAGUAUGGCUCUUGGUGCAUCUUUAGCUCAAACUGCACGAGAAUUCAACAACACAUUAUGGCGGAGUGUCCCGCCCCUAUGCAUUAUUAUUUGUAUUUUUGUUUGCGGCGCGGAUAGAAGCGCCGCGUCUUUUAUUACUUAUAUUUAAAAACCCCGUGAGGAUGCAUGACUGAUCAGCUACUGAUUAUUUAAGUAGCUGACAGUCAUGCAUCCUUACCAAACGCGUGCAGACUCUGGCCGAGGGGUAAUAAGAUAAUUAACAACCAGUUAACCCCUCGGCCAGAGUAUAAGAAGCGGCAGCUGUCCGUUCUGGGGGGUGGUUGAUUAUAGAGAGGAGAGUACUGGAGAGCGGAGAGAAAGAGCGAGGAAAAAGAACAAUUGCUAUAUUUAAAAAAUAUACUUGUUUCUGUUUGUUUGGCCAUCGUGCCUUUUUGUUUUGUGUUUUGUUAUUGUUUAAAUCUUUUGUUUUUGGUUUGUUAAUAAAUCCACGCUGAGUGCCAUUGCAUUCAGCUUCA